GCAACAUUACUAAGAAGAUUAAAGAGCUAACUGAAUUAAAAUUGAACUUACAAGAUGUAAGCGAAGCCCGAAACAAAAGACACAAAUUUAAUGAUGUUGUGAAUAAAUUUUAUGUCGCCCACGAAUGUUAUCAUGAUAGAAUCAAAGACGAAUAUGAUCUCAAGGACUCCCACGAGUAUCUGCAAAUAGAAAUUAGGAGAAUCGAGAAUUUUCAGCGAACUUUAGAAGAAUGGAUUACAAGUCUUUCAACCGAACAUCGAACAUUAGAAUACGAUGUAAAGUCCGGCAACUCAGCGAGCAACAUCGCAUACAAAAAUCGAAGCAAAACAAGAAACUCUGUUGUAAGUUUGCGGAAAACCGAAGCAUCAACUCAUAGCAGUAUGGCAAAUGCUACAGCAAAGAAGGCAGCGUUAAAAGCUGAGGCAGCCGCUUUAGACGAGCAUCGAGCCCUGGAAGAAGAGGAGCUUCGAUUGAAACAUCAAGAGUUGGCUGAACAACAGCAUCGAGAAGAGAGACUGCGUCUUAAACAGAGAAAGCAUGAGCUACAAUUACAAACAGAAAUUGCAAAGGCCGAAGCAGAAGAGAGAGUUUAUGCUAUGGCCGACUUGGGAGAAAAUUUUCACCACCCACCAACGCGUCCACUUGAACUGCCACAACUUCCAACUGAUGAAUAUCCACAGCCUUCACGCAUUAGUAACAAUACUCCCCAGUAUCUCCAACAACAGAUGAAGUCAACUGGGCAAAAAUCAAGGUCUGCAGAUGUUGGACACUCGGGAAUUCCAAAGGGUAGAAGCCAAGAUGAUUCAGAAUUAGCAGAAAAUUUCCUGCACGACAUGUUGGAUAUGCAACGACAACAACAACACCAAAAUCAAGAAAUGUUUCAAAUGCAACAAUCAAGGGACUUUCAUUUGGGAGUAUCUAAUUGGAGCGGGUAGCGGGUCGCGGGUAAAAGGAGCGGGUCGCGGGUAAACUCGGGAGUAUCUAAUUGGAGCGGGUAGCGGGUCGCGGGUAAAAGGAGCGGGUCGCGGGUAAAAGGAGCGGGUAAUUAAAAAAGGAGCGGGUAAAAGGAGCGGGUAAUUAAAAAAAGGAGCGGUUAAAAGGAGCGGGUAAUUAAAAAAAAGAGCGGGUAAUUUGAGUAAUUUCCCAGGUGCUAAGCGCCGGUGGGGAAUUUUAAAGAAAAAAAAGACAUUUUUUUAUGGAAGUGUAACAACAUGAGGACCAUUUUUACUAAGUAAAACCAUUGACUUCACAUAAAAAAUCUCGAAAAUUCUAUCAAAUGUUAAAUUGACAGAUAUUGGACAGCCUGAACAUGUCUUAUUAUGACGUGCUGAAAAUACGUACACACCAGCGCACGUACGUUUUUGGGUCACCAAAUGGACAAAAAUUAUUAUAACAUGCACAAGUGCUACUCAAAACUCUACAGUCUGUCUCGGCUAUUGCCUCACCAAACUGUGGAAAACUAUGAACAUAUUGAACGCGGUUUGCACGGUUAGGGUUUAGGUUUGCAGAACACCAUUGGAUUUAUUCAGAAACUGAUAGUGGUGUAGCAUAUAUACACAUUUUUAGACUACACGUACAAUAGAGCAAAAGUUUCCAAACACAGGGUGUUUUAAUAAGGCGCUCACGUUCAGUUUAAACCAGUGAACUCUAAAGCCCCGUUUACACUACGCUCAAUUUUUGGUACGGCACGGAUAAAAUCAGUAAGAACCAAAAGAGUGGUACGGUACCAAAAAUUGAGCGUAGUGUAAACGGGGCUUAAGGGAACUGGAAAGAUAACUUAGCCGCCACCUUUGAAGACACUCAUGAUGGCCGCCAUGUACGUAAGGCAUGUACGUAUAUAAAAAACCGGAUGGCUAAUAAAAACUUGAAAUUCGGAUAAAUUUAUAGUAAAAAAUGGUUUAUAUUUUCCUUUGCUCCAUAGAGUUAGUAAUGCAUAACCACAGUUUUGUGAGGCAAUAGCCGAGACAGACUGUAGAGUUUUGAGUAGCACUUGUACAUGUUAUAAUACUUUUUGUCCAUUUGGUGACCUAAAAACGUUGCGCUGGUGUGUACGUAUUUUCAGCACGUCAUAAUAAGACAUGUUCAGGCUGUUAAAUAUCUGUCAAUUUAACAUUUGAUAGAAUUUUCGAGAUUUUUUAUGUGAAGUCAAUAGUUUCACUUAGUAAAAAUGGUCCUCAUGUUGUUACACUUUCAUAAAAGAAUGUCUUUUUUUUCUUUAAAAUUCUUCACCGGCGCUUAGCACCUGGGAAAUUACCCGCUCUUUUUUUAAUUACCCGCUCCUUUUACCCGCUCCUUUUUUAAUUACCCGCUCCUUUUACCCGCGACCCGCUCCUUUUACCCGCGACCCGCUACCCGCUCCAAUUAGAUACUCCCGGCUAGGAAAUCUAGGCCACCUGUUCUGAUGGGUCCAGAUUUCCUGGCCUAGGCCAGGCUGAAGUACGUUUACACUACAAAAAUCUAGUCCAAAGGUAGGCCUAGGCCAGGCUUAGGCUCGUAGUGUAAACACGGCUUUAGAGACCUUACGAUUUUAGGACGGCGACGGCCAAAACAAGCUCCUUCAAAUAAAUGGUAGUAAAGAUAAUUCGUCGUAUAUUAUCAAUCGUAUGAAUUUAAUACUGUCUUAGAAGUUGAAGACAUGGGUUUUAUGUUGGGAAGAGUUCUGCUAAACCCAGUUUGAAGUUGCACUUGUUGCGGCUUGAAAUGCAGCCGUUGUAUCAAGACGUGAAAAUCUGUGAUUUGGCGUUGUAAACAGAGCGAGGACAAUGUCUAAAUUAUGAUCUAUUGUAUUGGUCAUUGGUCAUUAGAUCCAUUCCCCCAACUAGAAGAACUCGAAAUUAUAAACUUCGAGCCCGGUCACAGAAAUGAAAGACAAAUGUCCUGACUGUCACAACUAUUGUGCAACCAUGUCACUGACAAACCGUCGCUAAUAAUGUUGAUAACAGAACUCACCCAAAGUCAGAAACACUACAACGAGCAAUAUUUUCAAGACUUCCUGUUUCACAAUUGAUCCGCAUUUGUAAACAAACGCAAUGUUGACCAUGAUGAAUUCUUAUUGAAUCUCUAAAUCACCGCAUAUACCAAGUUUUGUCAAAUUCAAGUGUUCAAAAGUCUAAACGAUGAUUUCUGAACAGUUACCGUACACUGAUAUUUCAUAGGAAAGUGUUUCAUUUUCCUGGUAAAUAUUCUGAAAUAUGCAUGAAAUAUGACCUAUGUCGGCCAAUAUCUGAGAAGGUGAAGUAGGAGUAUUUUGGAUUGGUUUCCGGGAUCUGUGACGAUGAUAAAACACUCCUUCUCGUGUUUUAAAUAGUACAUAAACGACAUCGGGAGUGAGAUUAUGGGAGGUCAUAUGGGAGAGGUCAGACUCUUCAUACCCCUCUUACUUAUGGUCAAUGCAUGCAGGAUUUUAAAAUUACUUUGAAGAAAGACUUAUUGAGGCAGUUUUGAAGCAAAAUUUGACGUUUUUGAAUUCGGAGUUAGCCAUGGACAUCACUUAAUAGCUCGCGAAAUUCUGUCAUCUCGUAUUAGAGACUUUAGGGAGUUUACGAUCUACGACGCGGCCGGCUCGACGACGCGCUUUCAAAACAAAGAAAUUUGGUGCUUCCACAAACAAUGGUAUUAUGUGUUUCAUCGCCAUGCAAACAUACAAAGAACUUACAAAGAAAUUCGUCAUGCAAGACAAAAACUGUCAAUAAUUUGUGGUCCCAUGAGUAUUGUCAACCACGUUGUCAUUCUCAACAUAACGUUAAAAAAGCAUUAUUACGUCUUUCAGGCAACGCGAAAGCUUAAGCCUGCCGCACACGAGAGCUAUCUGCUGAGCAAAAAGUUACUCGUGCCUGUUAGCUCAGCCGAUAGCUCACCGUGUGCGGGUACAUUUUACUGAGUUUUUUGCCUCAUGCAACCUUUUAUCACGUAUCAAACAUGUUUUAUCGGUGAGCUAUCGGCUGAGCUAACAGGCACGAGUAACUUUUGGCUCAGCAGAUAGCUCUCGUGUGCUGCAGGCUUUAAUGCGACACAAGAGGUGUUACUUAAAGUCGAAAUUACAGCAAGCAUUGCAUCGCUUUAGCCGAACGUAGCAUUUUGUAAGAUUAUUUGAAAGAGUCAAAUAUUUAUUACAGUAAUCGAAUUGCUUAGCGCUCAUUCUUGAGCUAAAAUUUAGAGCGCGUCGGCGUUGAACCGGCCGCGUCGCAGAUCGUAAACUCCCUUUAGAUUCACUUUAGAUGCAAUUCGUUUGCGAAUUUUCUUUGGAAAACGCCAGAAAUGCAGUCCUGGACCGCCCCCCCCCCCCCAACUUCAGAUGCUUCUCUACGUCCUUGCGUGUUGAUCUCAAAUAUCAAUACAAGAUGGAAACAUUUCGAGAGGAAUUUAUUCAGACUGUAAUGAUAGUAUCCACAUGUUCCAUGAUGUUGUUCACGUGCAUCUUUACACCCCAACAAGAUGUUAUAUCUAACAAGAUAGGAACUUAUAUGAAACACAUUUACGUGGACGACACACGAUCCGAUCGAUGACAUUGGUAUGAUAUCGAUCGGGGCAUGUGCCAACUUCAAAGGCUACGCGUUAAUCUGAUUUUGAGUUGUACAGGGUGUCCCCCAAAAAAGUGACACUAUAGAAAUUAUCUCAUUGUUCUUAAGCCGCUCUUAAACGCGCGUGAUUACACGCCUGCGAAUUUAAUGAACUUGUAUUUACAUUUAAGCAUUUUAAAACGUUUUCGCUUUGUCCAAAUAUUUUAACGCCCGAGUCAAGCAAAACGAUUACACUAAUAAACGGCUUGCUUUUUUAUUUUAAAUUCCAGAAGCAGAAGUUUAUGCACCUGUGGGAUCAACUUAGUGCUAGGGCAUUCAAAUUAUAAAAAUGAGAUAAUUUCUAUAGUGUCACUUUUUUGGGGACACCCUGUAGUUGGACGUGUUCUUAAAACCAAACUAAGGCUAACUUCUUGCUGGAUAACUAUAUCAGUUCUCCUGAGAGGUACAGUAAAACCAUCUCGUAUUGGUUCUGCACUGGAUAGCUUUAUGAUCAGUUAUAAAUUGUUCUUCCUAGAUGUCUAGUAAGAGUCAUCUCGUAUUUUGCAACGAAACUUUGGAAUAUUACUAAUUUUGUGAUGCUCUUUCAAGCUGUGAUGAAAUUUUUGUUGAGAUCAAAAUUUAGUCUAUUACGCAAAUGGUCAAUUCAAACAAUAGAUAAUGAAACUUAAUGAGGUUUAUCAUCUCAUUAUCUAUUGACUAUUGUCUUAAUUGCAUUCGACGCGACCAAAAUUCGACAUAUAAAACAGGCCUAACUAUUGAUACUGGAUAGUGCUAUGAUCAUUAAUAGCCAUCCCUUUCUGGUACAGUACACUAAUACGGAAGGAAAAGCAGGCAAAGGCAGUUGAGGCCGACUCACGGAUGAGAUCAAAUGAAAGUAACAGAAAGAAUUAGAACAGUUUGCAGUUGUUUUUGCAAACGCGCACCGUGCGAAUUUUGCCAUUUGUCGAGCUUCGUUUUAUUGCCAAUUGCCAAAUCAAAAGAACGAACGCGUGCUCCAGCCCGAUUUCCGGUUCUGAAAGGCCCGAUUCGCAGGCAAACAGUGCGCGCAAAGCAGGCUGGUCAUUUCCCAUUGUUUAACUGCCCCACACUCAAGUAACCAUGUUUCUUCGCAACAUCCGCGAGUCAAUAAAAGGAAAUGUGCGCUUCUCUGAUGACAGUUUGAUAAAAUGCAAUUAAGAGACACUCAGACACCACAUCGAUCGGUCAAGAUAUCUUAAUAUAUUUGUAAACAGACCACCCUUUCCGCGCCUUUUUAAACAACACAUCUCGCCUCCGUAGGAAGGCAUUACAAAUACUAGUCAAAUAGAACCCCGCGCAUGGAAUGCAAAUUAAUCUUGCUAAUUAACCACGGGGAUCAUACGACUUUCCGGAGCGAGGGUUUGAUUGUCAAAUCGUUUGUAUUGUGCAACUAUUACAACACCUUAGCUUGGUACGUCUAUUUUAAUCCCACCCAAUGUACAAGAUUUUCAAAUAAAAUUAGCAGAUUUCCAAGUAAAAUUACAGAAAAAUACAAUAUCCGAUAACAAAAUUCAAUAACCACAUUCAAUAACUAUAAAAUAUUACAGAAUCGCCAAUUCCCGUUGUCCCAAAUUUGCAUGUCCCAAAUUUGUUUAUAUCAGUAGAGUAAAGUUUUUGGUUGACUUUUUGAAUUGAUUGCAAUUUGAUUGACUGAAAUAAUUUAAAAUUGCCAUAUAAAUCAUGUAUAUAAAAUGUUGCCUUUUAUUGUACCAUCAUCUAAUUUAAUAUAUUUUGCUUUAUAUAGUUAUCCCCAUUGCCAAUUUCUGCAGUUUAUUGUACAUAGAUUUUCUAAAGGAGAGCAGUUUGUGAAGAAAUAAGGUAUAUCAAGUAUUCAUUUUAAUCUAUUUAUCCGGGAUAGCUCUAUCAGUUCAUAACUGUUCUUCCUAGAGGUCAGGUUAGUCAGAUUCAUUCUUUAUUGGCUAUUGGUCCAGUGUUACUGAAGCGGAAAACCGGAGGGUACCCACUGUCAGACAUCCUUCACAAGGCAGCUUUUCUUCCGACACUCCGAUUUCCUGAUAUCCAUACUAUAGUAGCGUGCACUAGGUUCAAUAAGAGAUCAUUGACCUUACUGAACCUGUAGGAAAAACAGUUAUAGGAACUUAUAACAAGCAUCGUAUGUUCUUAAGGUUUUAAUUUUUAGUGUUAGGUCAUAUGUUCUUAGAAUUAUAAUUUUUAUUCUGGGAACUCUUAGGAUAAUACUUUAUGAUUAUCAGAAUCGAUUAUAGAUACUCAACCGUAUACCUAACCCCAAUAAUAUUAAAUUCAGGUAUUAAACCUGCCAAAAUCACAUGUUUACAGUAAUGUCUAAUGAGUACUAAUUUCGUCCGAUUUUCAAACUCUCCGCAACAGUCAGUAUCCAAGACCAAUCCCCAGCCGAAAAUGGCGGCCUUCCAGCAUAGACUCAUGUCUCACUUAAAGCGGAUUUACACUACACAACUUUUGCCUAAAACUGUCGCAUGCAACCUGUUUACAACUUGACUUGUACUGUGUAACUCAAGCACACAACUCACCUAUGACAACGUAGGCAAGUUGUGUGCUUGAUUUACACAGUACAACUCAAGUUGUAAGCAGGUUACAUGUGACAGUUCAGUCUAGGAAAAAGUUGUGUAGUGUUGUAAAUUGUCCUUGGCUUUGGUGGUUUGGAAUGGAACCAACCUGGGUAUGUCAUCAAAUGUGAGGUUCUGUGACCCGAGUGUAGACACUGAUCAACAAUAUUAACGACUUUCGUUGAUUUUAACGUCAAUGAUCUAACCACCUGAAAAUUAUGGGAAAAAUGUCGAUGUAGUUCAAGCGAAGGUCUUCAAGGCCCUAGUUCUUCUGAAAGGCAUUGAAAAUUCCUUCCUUGAGACCUCGUUCCUCAUUGAUGAUCGUUUCAUAAUUCAGAGUCUGAAGCCCACGCGGUUAGCCAAACCAAAUAUUGUUCUGGUUUAGUCCGUGACACUCCAAAUACCCUAUGUAUAUGUAUAGAUGCAAAUUUUUCUUCAAAUGUGAAUUGCAAAGUAUCUUAGGCUUCUCUUUUAUGAUAUAUCGUCGAGUAAUUUGAAUUAAAUUCACUUAGCCGUUUGCUGUGAACACUUCUCGCCGUGUUUGGAGUGCCUCAAUUUGAAACUCGCUCAAAAUGUCGCGGAGUGGCCUAGGAACAUUAUGGAACUUUAGACGUAAGUGACUGUUCAUGCUUUUGGCCUACUUAGCUAGCUUUUCCGAUGUAUUUUAAAAUGUUGGGUGUUCCCAACUAGAAAUGAGUCUAAAUAUCAGCUGUUCAAUAAUUCGACAAAAACUUGUCAUGUCUCCGCGCCAGAAUCCGUCUAAAAAGAUACCUAUCGACUGUUAACGCUUACGUCAACCUUCUACUCACACAAAAUCUACUAAAUCGCUUCUCGUUGAAAAUUUAGACGAUUUCCUCGAUCGUUUUUAUUCGUAAAGACACACAAAGGCAAUAUAAGUGUCGGGCAAUCGUGAAAAUUUCAGCUGUUCUCAAACUCUCACGUUUCGUUGUUUCGUCUGCCAAGAGCGCUUGUACUCUCGCCUGCUCUGUUUUACUUCAACUUGUAUAGUUUACUGACAAGCAAACGCCAGCCCGUAUACACCAAAAUAUUUUUUUGUUUAAAUUUAGCCAAAUUUUUUCCGUUUUCGUUUCCAAACCUAGAAGCGGUUUUUCGAAGGCGUAUACUCAUAUAAAGGAAGAGAUAAACGUUUCGAAUCGAUGUAUUUUGAAGCGCUUUUGCCGGUGUUGUUUAAUUCCUGCUGAUAAAAUUAUACUAUCAUUCCUGUGACACAAAAGUGAUUUUUCGCAUCGUGGAUUUAGCCAAACGUACAAAAUAUCGCAUUUUCGAAUUGAUUACCAACAGAUACACGGCAUAUAUUUUAUCUUACACAAGCUACCUUGCCUUAAAAUUAUUGAACUUGUUUCUAAAAUCCAAACGGUUUCGUCAUAUUUUUCUAACCGGCUUCUUGUUGAGCUAAAGGAUUAUCGGGGUGUCCGCGUCAAUGUCGCAGGGGCUUCCCUCGCUUCAAUGCGUCAAAGUUAUGUAGAUGUGUUUGCUCACCUCACACCAGGCUUAAAUUAAAAUCUUAAUUGCUUGAAAGUUUUGCUGUUUUUGAUCUAUCUUUUGAGCUGAAAAGCUUGGCUUGCCUUUCCUAGGCUUUGCUUAUUUCCUCUACGAGAGUACAAACAUAGUUUUUGGCACGGCGGAUUUUUAAUAAUAAAAAAGAUCCUUUGUCGCUGUCCUUUUGAUAUUUCCUCUAUAGAAAAAACAUCAAUAAUGCUUUAUGUCUAAUAAAAAUGCUUUAUGCAUUUAUAAAGGAAGGCUCUUAGAAACCCAGACUUUUAUUUGCACACGUUUUACCUUAUGCAUCCGUCCGCGUGCGUUUUAAGUUUUACUGAAGGGCGACUGUCAUCGGCUAGGAUUAAGGACAGCCCAACGUUUAACACAUUUGUAAUGUAAUCUUUUCAAGCGCGUGUGACUCAUACAGGUGACAUCCUUGCCUUGUGUCGACCUGAUAAGAUUAGCAAAUAGAUCGUUCUGAUAAGUUCCUAUAGAAAAAAUCAUACAACUGUCAUACUGCUAAACUAAAGUGUUGCAAUGAAGUUCAAGUUAUACAUAGGCAGUAUUAUACAUUACUCGUAGAAGCUUAAGUACUUUUUGAAAGAAUUUGGAAAUUAUAAAAUAUAUGCUCAUAUGCAUUUACGCUUUCUCAAUCGUGGGGGUCCCGUACUCAAUUGUAACCAAGGUAGUAUUCUUCAAUAAGCUUCCAUGGUUUGUGUCUGAACUCUGAACUACAUGAAUUAAGAAGAUGAGGACCCAGCCUCGACAAGCUUUUACAAUUACCAUCAGUGGGAUAGCCCUAAGUUCCAAAAGACUGCAGUAUAUAUUUAAACAUUUAAGCCAGUGCUUUAAACGCAGAACUGUCAUAUGCCAAUUCGACUAUAAUUAAGUUAAGUUAGGCAAUGAAUUUGCAUCGAUUCUUCAGCAUUAAACUGAUAUCUAUGUUCACAACUUAACUCUACACAUUUUUGUGAUGGAUUUAUCUCAGCUUAGGGCUAGCCCAGGCCAUGUGUAAAAUGAAAGGUCCAAUGCUUUGGGUAUAUAUAUACAUUUCUUCAGUAAAGUUAGCAGGAAUCCUGCUAACUUUACUGAAGAAAGGUAUACUGGAAUUCAUACGAUUAAAUAGUCAGCAUUGAUAAUAAUAGGAAAGGCCGAUUCAUAGGCAAAUAUUUUGAAAUUCUUGUCAUGCUUAAGUGAUGAAAUGCAUUGCACUGCACACAAAGACACGGGAUGUAUGCUAAAUGAUAUAGUCAACCUUUAGUUUCUCUGAGCUUCUAUGUCUACGUAAGACAUUUAUACUAUCAUGCAGUUUAAUCCAUGCAUUCUGCAUUGAUUCUGCAGUACAAUUGUGUGGUCUCAAAUCAGUUUCAUUCUAUUAUAGGUUAUCAAAAUGGCCGCCAUAUGUAUAGUUGUAUAUUUACAUUCAAUAUCCAGCAUGAUACAUUGGAAUAGUAAAUUUAUAUAUUGUCCAGAUUUAGUAAUAAUAUUUUGAUUUCAGAUGCGAUACAGGUUGCAGUAGAUUUAUUUGAAAUAUAAAGCACUAAUUUCUCGUUGGCCUUUGGUCUUAAAGCAAAGGAGCAAAAUUUGGCUAAUUAUUCACAGUAAACAUAAGAUAAUUUUGUGCUACCAACAACCCAAGUCCCACUCAUAGCGAACAAGGGAAAAAACGCGAAUUCAGCUCGUAGGACAUGGGUAUUAUAAAACCUAUUGCUCUUGCAUUUGUAAAACUAUAGUCUACGUGUACUACAGUAGGGGUUCGUAUGAUUCUAUUUUAUCAGCAUAUUUUCCGGAGUGGAAUUUUUUACACACACGUGGGAGCUGUCGGAUUAUGAAUACUAAAACUUCCUAGCGUAAGUCCCAGAGAGAUUUAUUGCAUACUUUUUUCUGUGUACAAAAUGCUAAUGACAUAAACCUAAGUUCCGUUGCCUUUUCAAAACGCCGGAACAAUUUUCUGGAUAUUUCUGUUAGGAAAAUGAUGUGUAAACACUCUACGACGGUCGUUUAUGUGUUGAAGUGUGGAAUAUCAGUAUGUUUACGCUAGACAACAAUUAGAAUGGAAUGCAUCGCGAAUUAACCUCCCACUCGAAUUCGACACAAAUAGAGGAUAUUUUUAGUGCGCAAAACAGAAUUAUGCUUUGUGUUCACGUUUUGUUUUCAUUUCUAAUAGAAAGCCCAAAAGCUCAUUUAUAAUUCGGGUAAUGAGUUUUUGCAAUGAGAAUGAAUGCCGAAUCGGAUUGACCAAUCGGAGACUAGGACUUUAACGUCAUUUCCAUAUCCUUGGCGCUCUUUGUGUGAUUGUGUUUUCUGAUUGGUUGUGGCUUGGUCUAGCCAAUCGCAGUGAAUGAGCGGGCGUGUCCAGUGAUAAAUUAACAUUUAAUAGAUGUCACUCAUCACGACAUUUGCCAAUCAGAUCUCGCUAUGCCAUCACAUGCUGCCUAAACACGUUGCCUCGUCAGGACCCGGCAGAAACGUUCUCCAAAGCUCAUUGAAUAAAGAACACUUCAGCUAAGCAGAAAAUGGCGGCUGUUAGCUUAGUACCUAAUACAUAUGCAACGACGGUGAUUACAUCCUCGGCUGCUGAGCAUCAAACGCGAAUGAGUUCACCACCGACAAGUAUGGGACCAUCAACUACGAUUGCUUACAUAAGAGAGGAACAUAAACCUAUGUCAUACGAAAGUUUAAGUCCACAAACGCAGUCUUCACAGAUAAUCGAGAGUCGACUCGCGCCAUCUCUGACCACGCUUACGACUCCAAAUACAACCCUCAUCACUCCACAACAGUGGGUAGUCACAGAUCAACAAGGGAACUCCAUUGGCUGGCCUAAUGUAGUUCCAAGCACAGUAGCAGAUAUGAAACCAGUGAUACGAGAGGAUGGCAGUAUUAUCACGACGACUCCUAUGGCUAUACAACAGAAUCAACGACCUCUCGCAAACGGCAACGUGAUUAUCGAUCAAGCACGUUGGACGACUAUCUCGCACUCUCCAAUGACGCCUGGAGAACACACGAGAAUUCAAAUCAACCCAACCAUUCUCUCUCCUCAUGUGAACUUUGCAACACUGAACGGCAAUGUACAACAAUCGACAACUCUCCAAAUUCCCAAUCACCCGGGCUCUCCACAGAUCCGAGAUCAAAGUCAGCUCACUAUAACGCCAGUGACACAAGGUAUGUUAUCCUCUGGGCAAAGUCCUCUCUCAGUCGAUAAUACCCCAACCUCGGAUGACUUGGAACGUUUUGCUAAAAUGUUCAAACAACGGCGUAUAAAACUCGGUUUUACUCAAGCUGACGUUGGACUUGCACUCGGGACACUAUUCGGAAAUGUAUUCAGUCAAACAACAAUAUGUCGCUUCGAGGCACUGCAAUUGAGUUUCAAGAAUAUGUGCAAGCUUAAACCUUUGCUCCAGCAAUGGCUACAAGAGGCUGAUAACACGACUGGAGCCCCGACAAAUACGGAUAAAAUCGCAGCCACUGGCCGAAAACGUAAGAAGAGAACGAGCAUCGAUGUUCAAGUGAAGGGAGCGUUAGAAAACCAUUUCUGUAAGCAAUCGAAACCUAACGCAAACGAAAUACAACAACUCGCCCAUAAUCUUCAACUUGACAAAGAAGUCGUGAGAGUUUGGUUCUGUAAUCGUAGACAGAAAGAAAAACGAAUGACUUCGGCCGUCAUUCGACCUGAAGACGGCGGUUUACAUUCUCCACAAAGUGUAAUAAUGCCUCACCAAAUGCCCGUACCGAACAGUGUGUGAUACUAUACGUACAUAUAUUUUCAGUACGACUUCACAUGUGAACAGAACUUAUUUGUCACGAAGAACAACUAUCUCGCCUCCCAAGGGAACUCUUAGGGGGAAAAUUGGUAUUUUAGAAUAAGAUUAGAACGAACGUUAAUUAUUCUAAAAGAACACGAACAAUUGGGAACUAUUUUACAACGAAGCAUUCAGCUUCAUUGGGUGUCGCCUUUAAAGCUUUCGUUGCUUUGAAGCUAGACUUGGGUUACUAAACUUUGUAAAUAUAUAUUUAUAGUGUGUAGCAAGGGGUUUUCCUCUACUUCUGUCAUGUUUGUAUUGUUAAGCUUGCUACUAGUUGCGCGAAUAGUUCGAUCGAAUGAGAACAAUGCAUUAGAACAAGUUUGAAAACGUUCGGCAAUGAAGACAGCAUGGCCGUGUGAACGAAGACUGUAGAGUUACCGAACAGAUAUACUUAUGCUUGGCUUUUAUUUUAUCUAACUAGUUGUAAUUUUUAUUCAAAAAUCUAUUUACCCUGUAAGGUCAGGGAAUCGUAAAUGUGGUUGCUGUUUUGCUUGUUUUAUUUCGAUUUUGACGGCAUAAUGCUUCGAGAAUGCUUUCGGCGCGUUCGAAACGAUUAUGGAACGCCCUUGUAACAUUCCGAAGAAUAAAAAUUUCUUCGUUCGCCAAAGAAAUUUGAGCGUAAAGCAUGAAAUUCGAAUGAGAUUUUCACUUUUAAGUACAUUCAUAUAUAAUCACACGCACUGAAUUUAUUUGGGAGCUUUGAUGUAUGCAAAUAGAAACAAAUUUCCUCAUUUAAAUUCGAGUUCCCAUAUAUUAUUCUUAAGCACCGAACCACAAUUUCCAUUUUGACCAAACAACGCCGUAUCCAUAACAUAUAUCCGAAUGACAAACAUCGUAUUUUUCUCAAUCAAAAUAUAACUGUAUUUUGUGUUCAAUUUGUGUGGCUCGAAGGUAGCUUCGGUUACAAAACUAAUGGAUUUUUCUGCUCACAAAGAGACCCGAGCGUCUUGUUCGAAGCAGUCAUGAAGAACGGGGCGCCAAAACAAACUUAUAUUCAAAAGACUCGAAAAGGUUCGAAUUAUUUCAUCGUUUAAAGGGGCUGACUCUUGUUGUUCAAAAUAUGUUUAGAAAUGCAUUUAUGUGUAUCUUUUUGUGAAGAUUUUUGCCACGAAUAUUAAUCUAAAAGCAUUCUCAAGGUUGUAGUUGUAUAUACAGAAGGCAGUCUACCGGUACCUGUAAAAUGGGCGCCAAAUGUGUAUGCCCUUUAUUAUUGUCGAGUCAUUCGCUUUAGAACGGCUUAUUUUGGCUGGUCUUUUUCAUAUAAGAUCUAUUAAGGAGUGUUGUAUAGUUUUAGGGUUCUCAUAAGUAAAUAUUUAGGCAAGAAAUGAUUUUUGACCGGACAAAGAUAUAAAUGUGUUCGUAUCAUGUCGCCAUAUUGGCUGUUUUGGUCAAAGUUUAUGAUAAAAGAUGAUCAGCUGCCUGUAUAGAAAGUGCAGUGUUUUUCAUUCGGUCUUGUGCUGUAAUAUGUUUAUGAGUGAGAUAAUUUGUAUAAUGGCAAUCUGGGCUAAGAUAUUGCAGGAAAGAAUAGAAAUUUUGCUUUCCAAAUUAUAUAUUCAGUUCUCAGUCAAUACUCUGGUAGAGAGCUUAGCCAUGCUUAGAAAUUGACUAGUAGCAAAAAAUUUCCAACUGUAAUCGGUUUGAAACUCACAAGUAUAGUUGUGUAAUUUUUUACUAAAACAACAGGAAAAGUUAUCUGGGAUGAAAUCCGAGGAAUAAGCAUUGUCCUUUUGCUCUGAAUAGGUCGUCAGAUUUAUGACAAAAGCCAAAGGCGAGGGAUAUAUUUUGGUGUGCAUUUAAUUUCACUUGUCUCAUAACCUCAUGAUUUAUAUCAGAAUAAAACAUAAAAGAAACAGCCUCGAAGAUUAGGCAUUGUAUAUUUAUCCAUGUAACUAUUCAUGCGCCAUGAACGUAAUGACUGUAAUGCAAAUGAUCAAGCAACGAGUUUUGGUCAGUUGCAUUAGAUUCGGCACAUGCAUGAUAAGAACGAACGUAGUUGACGCGGCUUGGCAUCUUCCAACGCACGCUACUAGAGUCUAGAUCCCCGAUGAAACGAGGAAGUCACGCGAUCUUGGUUAGCUGUUCUUAAUGCUUUCCCAACACUAUCAUGGAUUCUAUUUAAGUUGAAACAUAGUUGAAACACUCAUGAAAACUUUAUUUUGUUAAUCUAGAACUUGAUUGCCUUGAAAUGUCCCCAUAACAAUGCGCGACUGCCAACUCUCAUCCUCGUAUGAUUUACGACAAGAGAAUGUCUUCGUGAUAUUUUGAUUUUAGUUCAUACAGUUAGUCUGAUGAUGAUUUUGCAAUGAAAUCAAAAUAUCACGAAAUAACUCGUUCUCAUCGUUUUAUUUUUAACUCGUAUCGUGGGUUACAAAAUGCUAAUCUUCGGAUUGUAUAUAAUGAAUGUGAUGUUGUUCAAUACAGACGGAUUUUAAUAUUAUUUUAUGUGCAUAUAUUAAUUGGCUUCCUGAUCUCGUUUCCGUGACUAAAAUUGAAUAGAAUUUGAAGGCUGAUUUACACUAUCAGAGUUUCUGUGAUCACACUAGAAAUUUUGCAUCGGUCAAUUCUACGUUUUGAAGGAAUUGUAAGAAAUAUUUGAGGGAACUUACUCCGUGUUAACAAUGUUCCCUCCAAACAUUUCUUGCAAAUCCUUCAAAACUUAGAGUUUACUCAUGCAGAAUUCCUACUGCAUGCAUGUGACUACAGAAACGUCGAUACGGUGUAAACUAGGCUUUAAUAUAUAGAAUCUGAACGAGGCUGGGAAGUCUUAUUAAUAUUCGCAUAAAGGAAUAUUUAAAUCCAUGGAAGUGAUCUAUGGUCUAUCCUAGGACUUGUUCAAACUCCGUCUUCAGCUACUCGAGAACUACUUCAUAUGCUAACUUAUUUAAUGUUAUUCUUUGUAGGUGAGGAUAUUGACAUGUCGUGAUGUAUGGGAGAUUUCUACCUUCAGACAAUGUUCACAAUCACAACAGAAAGGAGAAGACUAAACUGAAAAGCAUACGAUUAGAUAGCCUGCAUGGCAGGCGGUUCCUAAAAUUGGGCAAGCCUGGGAAAUUUUAGACCGCCUGCCAUGCAGGCUAACGAUGAGAGGACUUAUGCAGUUAGAGGGACAACGGCGUAGAGGAGAUAUCAUCCAUUUGACCAUUUCAGAAAAUAGUGUCAAUUCUUUCCAUUACGUAUUUAACUUGUAUUUGGUGGCGAAUAAAUAGAAAUGAGAGAUGUAGUGUAAUUAAUUUGCUUGUUAUCACACCUUACAACUUGUCUUGCACAUGAUUGCAAAGUGCAACAUACAAGGCUCGCAAGGUUCUUGUGCAACAAUCGUUGAGUCCUGCACAAAUCUGUUGCAGAAUGCAUACUCCAAGAUGGCCAGGGUAUGUGAGAAAGAAGAGAUUAUUUCGCUGGCCUCAGAGUGACAAAACUUAAACCAAGCAACUGUUUUGCUAACACUAACCCUACUCCAAACACCAACUCUUACCCUAAUCCCAACCCUAACCCCAAACUAACGCUAUGCCAAAUUUGUUUCUAAACCAAUCUUGAAGAAAAAAUUUUUGACGAAAUGUCAUUCUGAGGUCAGCGAAAUAGUUGAUACCAUCUGAAAACUUGCAAAAUUGCGAGACAAGUUGCGCUGUUACAGUGUAAUGAUUUACCCAAUAAAAUAAAUUUUUAAUUUUCUGAUUGUAUUGUAUACUACAUGAAGUUCUCAGCAGAACACGAUAACGCUGACAAGUAAUCUACUCGUGCAUUGCAGGCGCUUCGGCUUCCCAAAGCGUGCAUAAAAUUUACAUAAAUAAAUUCUGGAAAAACGUGAAUUUUUAUAAUCCAUUCCAUCGAACCAAAGUUUAUGUUUUUAUAACGUUUUUUGAAGCAAAUCUAGCUGUAUAUAAUCCAGUAUUCUGUAGUGGUGGUUUUUGCGUGUGUGCGUUUUAAUUCUGCGAGAACAUUUGUGGCUUUUAUCACCCUUUUAUAAACCAGAUUUCGAAACAGUCGAGUGAAUUUGGUCGGAACAAGUACGUAUAAUUGUACAUUUUAAAGUAAUGCAAUAAAAUUACCGGGUUUUGAUAUAAAAUUUGGGAUAUUUAGAUUAUCUACAAUAUUUCUCGGUGUUACAUUUCCAUUAUUUUGUGUGAGUGGAAAUUGUUUUGAAUAAUUUCCAUAUUUCGCGCUAUUUUAUUUGAAUAUUUACAGUUGAUUUGACGUUGGUAUAAAUUGCUGAAUACUGCCUUAUCAUGAGUAAUCGAGCAUGGAGAUACAAAAUUACAUCAUUAAAAUUUUGUAAAGUGAAACUAACUGCAGUGAAUGUUGAAAGUUGCUCAAACCUGGUUUCCAUAUGGUUGUAAAUGUUGCGAACGUGUUGUAACCAGUUGUUGUUGACCAGAGUAGUGUUUGCGACUAAAUGGAAAUAUGAAGUCUUGUUGCAACACACUGGCAACAGUUCACGGCAGUUACAACAGUGUCGUCGAGAUAGACUCAAGUUCUAUCUCGACGACAGUUUCACAGGCUAAAAACGUGUCGUGACAUGUUUUAAUGGAAACAGGAAACCGACAUUGUGGCAACAGUUUUGCGACAAUCGGGGGGCAAAGGUCCCCUUUGGGGGGGGGACCGUGUUUGUCUUUUUUAAACUGGACUGCCAGCUGCUUGUAUGAUCCCUGGGUACAAAAUUAACUUGCGACAGUGCACAACAGUGUCACAGCAUUUAAAACCAUAUGGAAACAUGCAUAAUAAUCAUUCACAACAAACAUUUCACAACAUGUUCGGGACAUGUUGGCGACAUGUUCACAACAGUUACUACCAUACUGGAAACCAGGCUUAAUCACCUUAAUGUAGCAGAGUGUGGAAGCAGAUAAAUUGUAAUAUAUUGCCAUUGUGGCAGGGUUUUGCAGCAAUAAACUGUGAAAUGGACCAAAUGGCAACGAAUAAACAUCUUAUAGUUAAUUGGCUAAAGUGUGAGAUGUCAAAGUGGUCAAUGGUAUUGUGGUAUGGUAUUUCACCCUGGUGUGGUUGUAUGGACUUGUGGCAGCCAAAGCGUACUUUCCACUAUGGACAAAAUGUGUUAAUAAGCCACAAUAGGCCCAAUUAAUGUGGUUGAUCUUAACCCAUUAAGUUUCAUUGUGCCCUCAUGCACUUUACUUUAUUAUUUUUUACUAACGCCCGACAAAUUUACUCAUCAAGGUGAGAGCACUGGCGUUCACUGGGGCAAUGUGCCCUGAUGGAUGCAAACAAUUUUACACACUUAGGGAAAACUAUAGGGCAUUAUUAUUGGAUAUUAAAACUUGGUCCAAGUUUAGUAUUUAUGUAUCAAUAAGGCCUAAAAAAAUACCUGUGGUUCCGGUUUCUUAUCGCGAAAAAAAUUAGGGUUGGUAGGUUGGAAAUAAUUUUUUUUUGAAUAUUUUUUCAUGGUUUUUUCAAUAAUUAGUCUGACAACAGACGCCAUUUUGGCAGCAGCCCGCAAUCACCGGAGAAAAUAGGGUUGCACGGUCAAUCGCAUUGAAAAAUAGGGUCGGCAGAAAAAAAUAGGGUCGGUCGGGAACUGGAACCACAGGUAUUUUUUUUAGGCCUAAGGGACAAUAUUAUGUUGAAGUUCUCAUCUAACCUUGCAGAUCAAGUAUGGCUCAGAUUCAGACCCAAAAUACAGAUGUCCAAAAGGCUCCAAUCGCACCAACUUCCAGGAUCUUCACAUUUCCCAUUCAAUCAAGUAUGCUAACACCUGUCAUUACCAUGACGACCAGCAAUACAACAACAAUAGAUAAUAAUAUGGUUCCAGCACAACGUGAAUCCAACCCAAAGGUUAAUCUCUCUGAUUCUUCCCAGCUGGCAACCCCAACAUCAAUGGCUCUUGAUCUCAAUGCUGCUACAACUAUCCUUGAUAUUACAUCGAGCACGGCAGCAAUGACCCCCACCACACCUGACUGCAAAUCAAUACCUACCGAAAGUAAAUUAUUCAAUGUUGUAUCAGUUGCUACAGAAGGCCAACAUCAUACCCUCAAAUAUGUCUUCUCACUCGCAGCCCAGGGUAGUAUACCUAACCCUGUCACCCCUAACCCUGUAACACCCACCUCUGAGCUUGGUUCACCCACCCAUGUGGAUGCACCAGACCUGACUAAUCCCAUCAACCCACCUACCAACACCUCCCAACCACAGACUAUGGACCAGAAUUCUUCUUCUGCCACACCAGGUGGUGUUUUCACACACAACCUUCCAAAUACACAACCAGUUAUUCCAACCCCCAUUAACACCUCAUCCCCCCAGUUAGAAAUUAGUCCCCCUAUCUCCAGAUUCAAUACGGCAAUGGAUAUUGAAGCCUUUGCCAAGUUCUUUAAACAGCGACGGAUUGCCCUUGGCUUUACUCAGGAAGAAGUGGGUUUAGCUUUAGGUACACUUUACGGAAAUAUGUACAGUCAGACGACAAUAUGUCGUUUCGAAGUACUUCAACUUAGCUUCAAGAAGAUGUGUUCAUUAAAGGUGCUACUAGAAAAGUGGCUAGAAGAUGCGACAGAGAAGGUUGGUGAUGGCGGAGUUCGAAAACGAAAGAAGAGAAUGAGCAUAGAUGCUACUAUGAAAGCAGUUUUGGAAAGCCAUUAUGCCGUUGACAAAAAGCCUAAGAGUGAAGAAAUAGGUAAAAUUGCAGCUGAGAUGCAACUCGAUAAAGAGGUUAUCCGUGUGUGGUUUUGUAAUCGACGACAGAAAGAUAGGAAGAUGGGUAUAGCAACUACCAAUCUCCCAGUGGAUUUUGAGAAGGAUUUGAAACCUGCAGAAUUGUUGGCAGUUAAACAGGAACCCAAUCCAUUGGAGAAUGGAGAUAGUGAGUUGAAAGAGAACUGUCAGAAGCUUUUGUCUGUUAUUAUUAAAGAAGAAUGUUAAUGUUAAAAGUGAGGGUGUGACAGAUAUAACAACAUGGUAUAUGCUGAGAGUCUCAAAACAGUCACGUAAAACAAAUGUAUACUCAAAGAAUGUUGUGCACUCAGAUUGAUGUCUUUUAUUAAUGUUCACCAUGAAAUGGUAUUGAGUGCUUAGCAAUGUUGGGGGGUAGUGAUGGAGUGCAGUUUUAUUCAUAAUAUAUCUUUAGUUUAUUGUAAAUAUUAUGACUGUAUUCAUGUAUUCACUGUUAAAUAGAACGUUUUAUAUUAAUACAUUUCCAGGAUGUUUUGUGAGAAUGCUGUACUCAUGGUUUCAUAUGACAUUUUAUACAACUAUUCAUGUUUAAUUUAAUCAUGAUUGAUUUCACAUUUCCAUAGAUCAGAUGCUGGGCUGAAAUUGGGGCUGAAAAUAACCCAUAUUAUAAAUAAACAGUGUCACUGUUCGAUGACAAUCAUGACAUGUGCUUUUGCGCUAAACCAUACACAAACUCCUUUCGCGGAACGCCGCUGUACAUUCGCACAGUUCAAAGUGGUUGGUAGUAGUGCGCGCAUUGCAUCUUGGGCAAUCUAAAUAUACAGAAUAUGCCUGUUCGCAGGUUGGAUGCCAGCUGCCCAACCUGCGAACGGGCAUACUCUGCGACGAGAUUGCAUCUUGGGAAGACUUUUAAAAUCGAUCGUUCUUUCUUUUGCUUCCAAAUCAAGAUGGUGAGUGCAUAUAUUUUAUAUCCUUUCAAUCUGAUGGAAAAUAAACUCUUUUUAACUGCUAUUUCGAUGAAAUAUGGAUAAUGGUUAGUAGAAGAGUUCGUGUAUGCUUUUAUUUUGUAGCCUCGCGGUCCGAAGAAGCAUCUAAAGCGCCUCAAUGCGCCAAGCCAUUGGAUGUUAGAUAAACUGAGUGGAGCCUUCGUAAGUUGACUUGUGUUAUUACUAGUUGGAAUAAUUUCAGAUAAUGCUAAGAUAUUAUAAAAUAAAUAAGUAUACUUUGGCUUUCAGAAUUUCAGGUUUAGUAUAUCAUAUAAAAUUUGGUUUGUUUUGAAACUGAUAUAAAAAUAUAAGAUAUACUAAUCUGGCUUGUAUUUGAGAUUUUGUGGUGAUAGAUUUGCCAUAUUUUGUGAAAAACGCCAUAGUUAAUAUAUAUUUUGCAAAGUUUUCAAUCUGUAUGCCCAGAGUAUUCUUCUGGAAAAUAUGUCACUUUUGGUUAUGCACACUUGUUUUCGUGAUAGAAGCAUAUGUUAUAUGGUUGGACUAACAUCACAUACAUGAAAACGAGGCUGUAUAGCCAAAGUGAUAUACUUUCGGGAAGGGUGUAUAGCAGGAGAUGGUUGUGAUUAACUCGGUUGUAACAAAAGCUUGUUAACAAAGAUAUUCAGUCAUUCUAGAAAGCAUCCACCCUUAACCCACAGAGGAAAUUUGGAAGAUAUAACCAAGCUGUAGGGGAAGUGUUGAUCUUUUGUGGAUGGCUAAUUGCAUACAAUUUACUCACUGAUGUGUGUAUACCUUCUAGGCACCACGACCAUCACCAGGCCCACACAAGUUACGUGAAAGUAUGCCUUUGAUUAUUUUCUUGCGAAAUCGUCUCAAAUAUGCUCUUAACGGUGAUGAGGCCAAGAAAAUUGUUAAGAAACGCCUAAUCAAAGUUGAUGGGAAAGUUAGAACUGAUCUCACAUUUCCAGCUGGAUUCAUGGGUAUGCUGUUAUUGUGCAUUUGGUGGUUGUUUCUUUUAAACUGAAUUUCCUUCAUGCCCAAAACAUAUUGUUCAAUGUUGUAAAUCUUUAUUUUUUUUUAACAAGAUGUAAUAUCAAUUGAAAAGACAGGAGAAAACUUCCGUCUUCUUUAUGAUGUCAAGGGACGCUUUGCAACUCACAGAAUUCACAGUGACGAGGCCAAGGUUGGUAGCUAGCUUCCAAGAAACAUUUUCACACCCAUAGAAACCUUUGCUGACUCUUUGACAUUCUUUUCAGUACAAGCUGUGCCGAAUUAAGAGAGUGGCUGUUGGUGCGAAAGGUGUCCCAUACUGUGUUACUCAUGAUGGGCGUACCAUCCGUUACCCAGAUCCAGCGUUGGGUGUUCACGAUACUGUCAGAGUCGACAUCAAGACUGGCAAGAUACAGGAUUAUGUUAAAUUUGAUAAUGGAAAUUUGGCUAUGAUCAUUGGUGGUCGUAACAUGGGACGUGUGGGCAUUAUCACACACAGGGAAAAACAUGCAGGUAUGCAAACAAACUUGGACAUCUGGUAAACGAAACAUAACUAACUUCCCGACAGAGGCAUUUGCUCGUAUUUUCCUUGUAUUUUCAGGUAGUUUCAUCCUUAUCAUUCCAAAGUUUUUCAAUGGACCUAUUCCCUAAUGAAGAAAAAAUUUUGAUCUAGACAAGUCUAGAUAAAAAUUUCAUCACAAAAUUAGUAAUAUGGGGCUAUUCAUAUGGGGCUAUUCAUGUCCUGUUGACCAUACCUUCAACCAUAUUAUGUAGUGUUUUAGUCUAUUUUAUGUAUGGUUGUAAAGUUAAUAAAUAAAUUAAUAAAUAAAUAAAUAAAUAUUCCGAAGUUUCGUUGCAAAAUGUUGUAAAAUGCAGAUAAUAUAGUCCUGCGAAGUUUGCCGUUUUUCAGUCAUUUUGUAUUACGCACGGGAAAUUGAUACUCUUUUCAAAAAGCGGUAUCAAUUUCCUGUGCGUAAUACAAAAUGACUGAAAAACGGCAAACUUCACAGGGCUAUAUUAUCAGCAUUUUACAACAUUUUGCAGUGAAACUAAGGAAUAUUACUAAUUUUUGUGAUACUCUUUCAAGCUGUGAUAACAUUUUUGUCUAGACUUGUCAAGAUCAAAAUUUUGUUCAUUAGGUAAUAAGUCCAUUGUAUGACAUUGUUUUAUUUUGUAUUUCUAGGUUCAUUUGACAUUGUGCAUGUGAAAGAUGGCAAAGGCCAUCAAUUUGCGACCCGAAUGGGCAAUGUAUUUAUCAUUGGUAAAGGCAACAAGGAGUGGGUAUCUCUGCCACGAGGCAAGGGUGUGAGGUUAACCAUUGCUGAAGAACGCGACAGACGCAUGGCUGAGAAGGUUAAACAUUGA